UAAACGAAAAAGAAACAAUCAAACACAUACAAAAGAAGAAGAUCUCUUGGUGUUUCAGAAAUCGAAUGGAGCAGAGAAGAGGUGAUCCAAGAAUAUACAUCGUCGCUCUUCUUUUUCUUUCAUGUAUCCUCUCAGGAGGAGUCCUUCUCGGACUUUACCUCCUCCUCCCUGAUCCGAACCCUCUGUUUCUACCAGCGGGUAUGUUCUUCGCUGGUAUCCCUUGGCUCUUCUGGUUCUUGGCUUACCUUUACUCCUGCGUCCUCAAGCCCUGCACCGUCUCCGUAAGCAAAAGCGUCGCCAGUUUCGACCCGGAGAAAGGCGAAGGAAAGAGCAUCACGGAAAACGCCACGUCAGCUUCAGAUCCCGUGGCUGCGGUCGAGCCGAUGGAAGGUGAGAGGCACGUGCAGCUCGGGAAUGUGGUGGUAGAACAAGAACAAGAACAAGAACAAGAAAAUGGUAGAUUAAGUUCAAGAAGAAGCCACGAUGAUGAGGAUUGCGAUAGAACUCCAUUGAGAUUAUCAGUCGGAAACAAAUGAUUCGAUACUGAAUGAUCAUCAGGAAUCUGAUGCUAAGAUUGAACUGACAGGAGAGGCUUUGAAAAAGCUCUCUGUUAUUGACGUGUUAGACAAGGAACGCUGUUCUUUGAGUAAGAACUAUAACACCAUGUGAAAGAUCCA